UCAACAAAAUGGCGGACAAAACAGAGCGAAAUGAGUUUGAACUGAGAUUGAAAUCCGGCAUAAACGACCCGGAAGCCGAAGAAGAUGAUGACAACGAAGAAGAUGAAGAUGAUGAUGAUGAUGAUGAAGAAGAGGGGUCUGAAGAAGAUGAGGACGAGGUGGAACCCAAGUUGAAAUACGAAAGAAUUGGAAAUGCUAUGAAUACUAUUCUGAAUGGAGAAGAGUGCGCAAGUUGUAUGGCAGUCCACACGAAGUUUCUUGCCCUUGGAACUCACUAUGGAGUUGUUCAUAUACUGGACCAUCAAGGAAACCCAAGCAGUAGUAAAAAAUAUCCAUCACACACUACAGCUAUCAAUCAAAUCAGCAUUGAUCAGAGUGGAGACUAUGUUGCCAGCUGCUCUGAUGAUGGACGAGUUGUAAUAAAUGGCCUUUAUAGCUCUGAAAACAAUGUCCAGGCCAGCUUUGACACUCCUGUUAAGUCAGUAGCUUUGGAUCCUGAGUUCUCCAAGAAAAGAACCAAAAUGUAUGUUACAGGAGGAACAAAGUUGAUUUUGACAGAGAGAGGCUGGUUCAGAAACAAGUCAAGUAUCUUACAUGAAGGAGAAGGAAACAUUAGAACAAUAAAAUGGAAAGCAUCCCUUAUAGCAUGGGCUGAUGACACAGAGGUCAAGGUGUUUGACAUGAAUUCUCACAGAGUAAUAACUCAUAUAAAGAGAGAAACCAGAAAUUAUAGACCUGAGUUAUAUCGCUGCUGUCUGUGUUGGAGGGAUGAUGUCACUCUUUUAAUUGGCUGGGCAGACAUGGUUCAGAUUUGUGUGGUUAAAGAAAGGCUGGUUCCAAGGUCAGAUCUCCCUCCUUUGGUUGUGGAAAUAGUUGCAAGGUUCAAAACUGACUAUUACAUUUCUGGAAUUGCAUAUCUUAAAGAUGACUUGUGUUGUAAUUUUGGUUUUUUCUUUACAGAAAAUGUUGUGGAAGAGAAUCUGUUUUACAUUGUUAGCCCUAAAGAUCUUGUCCUGGCUAAGCCCAGAAAUAUUGAUGAUCACAUUAAAUGGCUCAUGGAUCAUGGAAAGUAUGAGGAAGCUCUGAGUGUAUCUGAAACAAACAGUAAAGAAGUCAAGAAACAUAAUCAUCAAGAUAUUGGAAGAGCUUUUUUGAAAUCUUUGAUGGAGGAAGGAAAAUAUGAGACAGCUGCCAGAUUGUGCAUCAAAGUAUUAAGUGAUGACAAGAAACUCUGGGAAGAUGAAGUGUACAAAUUUGCUAGAAAACAUCAGCUGGAGGCUAUCGCCCCUUAUAUUCCUACCAAAGCAGUGAAGCUGAGCUCAGCAAUUUAUGAAAUGGUUCUGUAUGACUUCCUCAAGAAAGAUGUCAAGAAAUUCCAGGCACUGAUCAAGGAAUGGCCAGCAGAUUUAUACAAUAUGAAGCCCAUCAUUAAUGCUAUACAGGAUCAGCUGGAUAAGGACCCUAAGAACCGUGUUCUUUUGGAAACUCUUGGAGAACUUUACACGCGGCUGAAGAGAUAUGAUAAAGGGCUCGCCAUAUACCUUAAACUUGGACAUAGCGAUGUGUUUAACUUGAUCCAUCAACACAACUUGUUUAGCUCUAUUCAGGACAAGAUUAUUAUGCUCAUGGAAUUUGACAAAGAGAAAGCCGUGAAGAUGUUGAUUGAUAAUACAGACAAAGUUCCUGUUGAAGAGGUUGUGCGCCAACUGAACAGGCGAUCAGAACUUCUUCAUGUGUAUCUUGACUCGCUCUUCGUGAAAGAUCCACAAGCCGGGAUGGAUUAUCACGAACUACAGAUUCCUCUUUAUGCAGAAUUUGAGCGAUCAAAAUUGCUUACUUUUCUGAGAAACAGCAAUUAUUAUCCUCUGCAAAAGGCUCUAAACGAAUGUGAACAGAGGCGCUUGGUUCCGGAGAUGGUUUUUUUGCUCAGUCGCAUGGGAAACAACAAGCAAGCUUUGCAGUUGAUAAUUCAGGAAGAAAAUGAUGUAGAGAAGGCAAUUGAAUUCGCCAAAGAACAAGACGACGAAGAUUUAUGGGAUGAUCUGAUCAAUUAUUCUCUUGACAAACCAGAGUUUAUCACGGGGCUCUUGCAUAAUAUCGGGACUCAUGUUGAUCCGAUCAAACUCAUAAAGAGGAUUCCUGAGGGAAUGAAGAUUCCUGGUUUGAGAGAUUCAUUGGUGAAAAUUCUUCAAGACUUCAAUUUGCAGAUCUCUCUUCGUGAAGGUUGCAAAAAGAUUCUCGUCAAAGACAGCGUGUCUUUGCUACAAAGGUUGAGCAAGGUUCAGCAAAGGGGAGUGUCAGUUGACGAUGAAACAAAGUGUCCCGUUUGUCAAGGAGCAGUUAUUGCUGAAGAUACAAAACGAACCUCACAUGUUGUGGUGUUUUUCUGUAAACAUGUUUAUCAUGAAGAUUGUUUACCAGCUCGUGACGUGGGUCCGUUUUGCCAGAUUUGCACAGCGCAUAGCCAAGUGAAGAGACUGCGUUCCCGUCACGUGCAGAGAAAUGAAGCAAGGCCUUGAUUGGCCAACCAUCCCAAGAGAUUGAGAUUCUAGGACUCACAACUUCAGAAAUUAAAUUUAGAAUGAUGCUAUAACUGACAACCCCCACCCACUCGUUAAUUAUGAAAAUCCCUUCAUUUAGAGACGACAGAAGCUGCUGUCCCAAUCGUGUGUUCGUGCACCUCUCGAGGAAAGGCCGAACAGAACAGUAAAUGAACCUAAUUAUAUAGAUUUAAUUCCCAUAAUUUAAGACCCGCAGCAGAAUCUUUAAAGAUACCUUGCGCAGGAAACAACUAAGGAGAAGUUCACGUGAGAAAAAAGGGUGUUAGGUGUUUUCGUUUUCACACCAGAGUGUAUUUUUAUUGAGUGUCAUGAAAUCAAAACCAAAUUGAUUAUAACAGCCAAUCGGGACCAAUACAAAGUAAACUGGAAGAAAAACCAAGUAAAUCCGCGAAGCAAGAAUAAACUCUCCC